AUGAGUCUCUUUCUGCGGCAAGUCUGGACGUUGACCGUCAAGAACCUCCUGAUCACCUAUGUCCGCCCCAGUGCGACAACCACCCUUCGGGCUUUAGUGCUGCCUGUUGUCUAUAUUGCCAUCUUAUCUUAUGCUCGCAACUUCUUUGUGCCCCCGUCAGUCUAUGGCAUUGGCGAUCCAACGCCAGUGCCAUCUCUGGCAGAUGCGCUGGGCUCUGUCGGAGGGGGCCGCGACAAACUGAUCUUUGUCAACAACGGCUUCACCGAUGGCAAUAUCCAGCAAGUCAUCAACCAAGUCGCUAAGCUCGCCCGGCAACGUGGAGAUGAUGUGGCCAUCUUGAGCUCGGAAGGCAAUUUGAGGGAUACAUGCCGAUCCUCACUCCGGGGGACAUCUUCAUGUAUAGCAGCUGCAGUCUUCUAUUCUUCACCUGAUGAAGGUCCAGGGGGCCGUUGGAACUAUUCGAUUCGAGCGGAUGGGUCUAUGGGUGACCGCAUCAACACUGACGAGAGUAAUAACGGCCAGGAAAUCUAUCUUCUUCCCCUGCAACACUCGAUUGACUGGGCCAUCGCCCACGCCAAUACCUCGAAUGAUUCCAACGACAUUCCUGACGAGGUCUUAGAAUACCCAUUUACAUCAAUGAGCCAGAAGCAACGCCAGGAUGAAAUCCGAGUACGCUACAUGAGUGCCAUCAUCAACAUUAUCAGCAUUGCCAUCUUCAUCGGAAUGGUAGGCGUAGCCUACCAGCUCACCGGGCUGAUCGCCAUGGAGCGAGAAAUCGGCAUGAGCCAAUUGAUCGACUGCAUGAUGCCCAGCACCUCCCACUGGAAAGUUCAAGCCGCCCGGUUCAUUGCAGCCCACCUUGCCUUGGACAUGAUUUACGGGCCGGGAUGGAUAAUCACCGGUGUGAUCCUCAAGUAUGGGGUGUUCAAUAAGACAUCCGCGGGGAUAACUGUCGUAAAUCACAUCCUUUCCGGCCUGGCAGUCUCCUCAUUUUCUAUAUUCGGGGCCUCCUUUUUCAAAAAGGCGCAGUUGAGUGGUAUCUCUGUGGUGAUCGCCAAUCUCCUGCUUGGAGUUAUCGCGCAAGUUGCAGGGAUCAAAACAAACGGUGCCGUUGUCGUUUUUUCCCUGUUGUUCCCUUCCAUGAACUACAUAUUUUUCUCGGUUUCGAUGGCUCGAUGGGAGAGACAAAGUCUCCCGACCAAUCUGGUCCAUGCUGCCCCAGAGAAUCCUUGGACGGUUCCUGGAAUCGCUUUGUGGGUGCUUCUGAUUGUGCAGAUAAUCGUCUAUCCCAUUAUUGCGGCGCUGGUAGAGCGGAUUCUCUACGGGACUGCAUCGGGCAGCCGGCAAGUUACUCCCCUGGAAAAUUCUCGCGCCCUCGCCUUGAAUGGAUUUUCCAAGGAAUACCAGCCGAGUUGGGUCCACAGACACCUGGGUGGUAUCUUUGGUUCCAAGCGGCAGAGUGUCCUGGCAGUCAACAAUCUCAGUUUGGAUAUGGUUAAAGGCGGAAUCAUGGUCCUUCUUGGAGCGAAUGGUUCCGGCAAAUCUACAACGCUAGAUGCUAUCUCUGGCCUCACGAAGAUCUCGUCAGGAGAGAUCAAGAUUGACUACGGUGAUAGUGGGGGGAGGUUUGGACUAUGCCCCCAGAAGAAUGUUCUGUGGAGCACCUUGACAGUCAGAGAGCACGUCAAGAUUUUCAAUGGCCUAAAGACUGCACAAAAGCCUGACAGUCAGGGAGAACUCGUCAAGCUGAUUGAAGCCUGCGAUUUGCACAAGAAAGUUAAGGAGCAAUCAAGGACCCUCUCAGGUGGCCAAAAGCGAAAGCUCCAGUUGGCCAUGAUGUUUACCGGGGGCUCGUCUGUUUGCUGUGUUGAUGAGGUGUCUUCUGGCCUUGACCCCAUUUCACGAAGAAAGAUAUGGGAUAUUCUGCUAGCCGAGCGAGGACGGAGAACGAUUCUCUUCACAACGCAUUUCCUGGAUGAAGCCGAGUUGCUCGCAGAUCACAUCGCAAUCCUCUCCAAGGGAUCACUAGAAGCUCAAGGUUCUACGGUCGAGCUCAAGCACCGUCUGGGUUCAGGAUAUCGGAUCCAUGUGCACCAUGCUCCUGGCUCUACUGGAAGCCUCGAUGUGCCGCUUGAAGGGAUCGGCAAAGAGACACAUUUCGACGAGACGGUCUAUACCGUCCAAGACUCCGCACAAGUCUCUCGUAUAGUUGCCAUGCUUGAACACGAAGGCGUCACGGAGUACCGGGUCAGCGGGCCAACAAUCGAGGAUGUAUUCCUGAAAGUUGCGCAGGAGUUGGCUGACAACCCUCCAUCUAGCGACCAUCCCAGUGAUGAAAAACCAAAGACCGAUGGAUCCGUUGAGCACCAAAUUCACAAUGACACGCCCCAACUUCUGACUGGAAAGCGUAUUGGCAUGGGCCGCCAAGCUUGGCUUUUGUUCCUCAAGCGCGUGACAAUCCUCCGUCGAAAUUUCAUUCCGUAUCUGGCUGCUUUCCUGAUUCCCGUCAUCGCAAGUGGCCUGGUUACGUUGUUCCUGAAGGAUGCCAAAGAACCCACAUGCUCCGGGCCCAGUCUCUAUACCACUCCUCAAGUCCAAUCGCUGAGCUCUGUUGGGCGUGUCAAUUUUGUAGCUGGUCCACGCAGUCGAAUAUCAACCUCUGCGCUCGACAGCUAUCUCAGCUCAUUGUCUGGGCCAUCUGGAUCUACGACAAUCCUUGUUUCGGAUGUCUCGAGCUUGUUUCACCUGGUCGACAGCCUACAGGAAUUCAAUGACUACCUUCAUACCCACCGGGCAAACGUCACCCCGGGCGGUUUUUGGCUCGGGGACUCCUCUUCUCAGCCAACGUUUGCAUGGAAAGGCGACAAUGGCGAUUUUCCGUUAUCGGCCGUAACUCAGAACGCCAUGGACAACUUCUUGACCAACAUUUCCAUUGCAUUCCAGUAUCAACCAUUCGACAUCCCAUGGCAGGCUGACGUAGGGAAGUUUCUUCAACUACUGGUCUAUUUUGGUCUGGCAUCAGCUGUGUAUCCGGCCCUCUUUGCGCUUUACCCGACAGUCGAGCGCCUGAGAAAUGUGCGCGCUUUGCAUUAUAGCAAUGGUGUCCGGACACUGCCACUAUGGAUUGCCUACUUGUGCUUUGACUUUUGCAUCGUUUUGCUGGUCAGUGUGCUGGCGACUGUCAUUUUCCGAGCCUCUUCAGAUGCGUGGUACCAUGCCGAAUACCUCUUCGUAGUCUUUUUUCUCUACGGCCUCUGCUCGACACUCUUGGCGUAUCUCAUCUCUCUUGCAUCCAAGUCCCAGCUCGCAGCCUUUGCUUUCACAGCAGGCAUGCAGUGUGUCUUCUUUCUCCUCUAUUUCAUCGCGUACAUGUCCGUGCUCACCUAUGCACCCACCACCAAAAUCGACUCCUAUCUCUCAAUCGUUCACUUCACGAUUUCUAUCAUCACCCCAAUCGGCAGCCUUGCUCGUGCUAUGUUUGCUGGCUUGAACAUCUUUUCGAUCCUCUGCCGGGAUCGACAAAUUGUGUCAUAUCCCGGGGAAAUCACGGUUUAUGGGGGGCCCAUCGUUUACCUGGUAGUCCAGUCGAUUAUACUGUUCUGUUUGCUCCUCCGAUUAGACGGCGUUGGUCACCCACUUUCGCGCUUCCAAUCAAGCACCAAACCAGAAGAUAUUGAAGAAAAGGAAAAGGGGGACGACGGCGUUGCCAAUGAACUGACCCGAGUCACAAGCGCCAACGACGGGCUCCGGGUUGCGCAUCUCACAAAAACCUUCAAGAAGUUCGUCGCCGUAGACAACGUCAGCUUCGGGGUCCGCAGAGGCGAAGUAUUCGCACUACUCGGUCCAAACGGCGCAGGCAAAACUACGACAAUCAGCCUAAUCCGCGGCGACAUACAACCCUCACAACGGGGCGGCGAGAUCUUCGUUGAGGAUAUCUCAGUAACAAAGAACCGAGCAACAGCUCGUGCCCACCUCGGCGUAUGCCCGCAGUUCGACGCAAUCGACCAGAUGAGCGUGAUCGAGCACCUCCGCUUCUACGCGCGCAUCCGCGGCGUCGCAGACAUCGACCACAACGUGCGGCAGGUGAUCCGGGCCGUCGGUCUGGUUCCUUUCCAGCAACGCAUGGCCAUGAAGCUCUCCGGCGGCAACAAGCGCAAGCUGUCGCUCGCGAUCGCCCUAAUGGGCAACCCGGCCGUGUUGCUGCUCGACGAGCCCUCUUCUGGCAUGGACGCCGCCUCCAAGCGCGUUAUGUGGAAGACCCUGGCGUCUGUGGCACCUGGCCGCUCAAUUGUUCUCACCACUCACUCCAUGGAAGAGGCUGAUGCCCUGGCCUCGCGCGCAGGUAUCAUGGCUCAGCGAAUGCUGGCACUGGGGACUACGGACUCUCUGCGUGCUAAAUACGGGAAUGUGUAUCAAGUCCAUCUGGUCCACGCACAGGCGCCGCAUACCUCCGAUGACAACAUGGGCAGUAUUCGCAACUGGGUCCAUGCGACAUUCCCGGGUGCUGUUAUCGAGCAGAAGACCUACCAUGGCCAGCUCAGAUUCAGUGUACCGGCGACACAGCAGAAUGACACCUCGUCUUCACCAGACGAUGAAAUUCUUGUCGAUGGACGAAAGCCAGAUUCGGCGUCAGCGGCGCCCGGUUCCAGUGGUAUUGGAACUUUGUUUUCUUGCCUUGAGGAGAACAAGGGUCGGCUCGGCGUGCAGUACUAUUCUGUCAGCCAAACCACGAUGGACCAAGUUUUUCUCACUAUCGUCGGGCAGCACAAUGUCGAAGAAGAGAAUUCUGGGUCAAGCUAG